UUCGUGUGGCCUCCAGUUAGUUGAAGACUGCGGUCGCAGCCGCUUCAAAUCGCUCGUCGAAAACAUUUUCGAGCAACAAAACAAACAGUAACAAGUCUCUUCCGCCCUUCCAAUUUUUUUUCCAAACAUCCAAUUUCACGCUGCCCCUUAACAAUUGUACAACUACGUUUAUCCACAAAAUCAAGAAGAAACGACAUGGCGUCUUCUACACGGAUUAACAGCUCAAGAGCGAAGACAUUGAUGGUCAUUUGGCUGAUGGUGGCCGUGGUGCCCAGUCAACAGAGACCGAGUGAAGAAGUCAGUUCUGUAAAACCCAAUUCUUGGAUCAUCCAGUCACCCGUCAAGAGGCCUUUGCCCGGUCUGGUAGGUAUUGGUCUUCCACCUGGUGGCAUACUCCUCAUGACCAUGGAACCCAACGCUACCAUGAACGAGACGCAACCUGAACAACAGCAGCAAACGACUGAAUUGACGUCGACGGCCGUUCCAUCCGUUCCAGCCACCGAGGUCACGAGCGAGUCUGCCUUAGUAACGGAAAUUCCGUUUGUUAGUCAAAGUCCAUUGACUUCGGCCGACGUGGAAGAAGUAGCCGUCACCGAUACACUGUCUACUUCAUCGAUAGGCACGGCAGCCAUCAAUGAGGUGUCGAGCAGUCCCACGCUGCAACUAGAAACGGCCACGCAAGAAAUCUUGUCGGAAGAAACUGAAUCGCUAUCAGAUCAGACGCCAACGACCGAGCCAGUCACGGACGCUGCCGACGUAGUCGUAAAACUAGAGAUCGACGCAGCCCCCGUCAUGGAAGCAUUAAAGGUUGCCAGUGAAAUCAGUCAGACGACUGUAGAACCUAUUGAACUGACGACAACCAAAGAAGAUGAAAUGACCACUGCUGGUUCUGCAGUCACGUUUUCCGAAGAAGCUUCUCUUCCGGCUGAGCCCAGUUACGACGAACCUCAUUCGAUUGGCGAAGAUCAAGAGCAAACUGACGAAAGCGAUUCGAAUUUAAUAACGACAACGACAGAGAUGGUGCUCGGUGAUGUAGUCAACGACGAAGAUGUUACAAUGGAAGCUGACUCAACUACGACAAGCGGAACCGAGCAUUCCAUUCCGCAUUCUUCAGAGCCCACCACCCCGUACCAUGUAAUUGGAGAUAGCUAUUGGGAUAUUUAUGGCCAUCACGAGAAAGAUUCGACGACGACAUCGACGACUACGGAACCUCCUACAACACUUGGUGAGAAAUUGAGCGAUGAAGAUGUUACGACCGAAGAAGAGCCAGUCGUAACGAGCGGUCCAUCUGAAUUGUUUGAUUCAUCCACGGAAUCUGGAUCGGGCGCGGGAUCGGAUGAAACUUCGACCGAUGCCGGGUCAGGUGCAAUUUUGUCAACAGAAGUUGGUGUUGAAUGGUCGCUCUCCGGUGCUCAGUCGGGAUUUGGUGCCAGUCCAGAUGACGGUUGGGGUGCUCCACCAGACGUGGCGGCCGACCCUUCCGUCUCACUUGAUUCGGAGGUCACUACAGAUUCAUCUCGUUCAGAGGCAGAGGGUCCAGCUGUGACUGAAGUCGCUGAAACGGAAGCUCAUGAAUUCCUCGUCAUCACAACAGAAGUCAUCCCGGAAGACCCGGGACUCGGUGAUGCGGUAACAGAGAUUGAGAAUAUUGACCUGGGCCUCGAGAGCAAUACGGACAGCAGCAGCAGCAGCAGUUUGAUGGCAGCGCCACCAGCUGUCACCAAGAAUGUUAGAAACAGCCGUAGCCUUCUCUCGAAAGAAGAAGAUGUCGAGGAAGAAGAUGCGAUUGAAGUCGUUGCAAAAGUUGCAGAUGAUUUGGAGAAAUCUGGCGAUGAAGAAGCUAGACAAUAUUCUCGUCCGUAUCCAAUUCGAAACGGAAUGCUACCCGGAGGAAGGCCUGGCUUCCGACCAUCAAUCGAUCGCCACGAUCAAAACUUUCGACCGGAGUACGAGGCCAACAAUUUCAACGUUAUUUCUCGAACCUACGACUAUUGCUACACGAUGUGGUGCAAGUUUAAGACGACACUGUCUCGCAUCGGACUUUUGUAGUACAGUUCCCAGGGAUCAAUAAUUUUAUUUUUCCCUUCUAUUAUUUAAACCUUUUUUUUUUUUUUUCCUCGCGUCUUUUUCUUUUUUUUCUUUCACCCUUCUUCCUCUUUAUAUGACGAUGUGUUUCUACGGUUUAUUAUUUAUUUUUUUUUAAGGAAAGAAAGUUUGUCCUACCUGUUCUGCUUUGAGGGUUAGUUCGAUGAAGAUCUGCUGCAAUUUCUCGUUGACAAAGUUGAUGCAAAACUGUACAACGCAAUAGGCGAUUACUCGGGAUGCUCUUUAAAUUUAUCUUUCAAAUUCGUUUUCACUUGCCUGUUCGAAUCCGUUUUUCUCGAAAAUUUCGAAGCCGUAAAUAUCCAAAAUGCCAGUGCUGUAGCCCUGCGUCGUCGUUACCAUGGCAGUGUUUACUUUCUAAAAAAAAGAAAAAAACAAAACACGCAUACACACCAAGUUACUUUGUUAUUCGGUUUGAUUCAAGUUUCUGAUUGCGUUGGCCUAGUUAGUUUUUUUCCCUCGUUCGAAAUAGCACGUGACGAUUACCUGAACUAGGAAGUCAAACAUUCGACUGUACAAUCCUUUGGCUAAAGCAUCCCGACUGUAGCAGGCCUACGGUAUUCAUUUGUUAAACGAUUAGCUUUGAAUUGAAUUGCUUUUUGACAGUUUAGCGUGAAAAAAGUUCACCUGUUCGACGUUGAGGGUCAUGUUGACUUUUUCGCGAUGGCUUUCAAAUAUGCGUCCGGUCAGCUUUGAUUUUAACGCCACUGGAUCGAUUUCCAACAAGAAAGCCGGGAAAUCCAAAUCUAAUUUGUUUUUGUUUGUUUUGUUUGUUUUUUUUCGAAAAAAGAAAGAGUUAGGCCCUUUGAAAUGAGAUUGGCAAUAUUUUGUUCUUUAUUUAUUUUUUUUUACAUCGGUCAUCAUGGACGCUGGCGAAAUUGCUACGGUCCUCGGCGAAUGAAAUGUUGCCCAGGUGUAGAAUGGCAGAUACUAAUUGUAGUAUGUUUUGUUGUUCUUGAGCGCUGAGACCUACCACCGACAUGGCUGGUUUUUUUUGGUUGAAUUAUUCAUUGAAACACAAUCACCCCCACACAUCGUCGAAUUUUGAAAGAAAAAAAAAAACAAUUAAUUUAUAUUCUCUCUUUUCAUCCUUUUCCUACUUAAUUUGUUGAAUUGAUUUUGUAUCAAACCUUUCAUGGUUUCUUGAAAUUCUUGAAUGUCGUUAGUGCCUUCCACGGUGUAAGUGCCACUCUGGCUGAGGUAGGCGUAAUUCUCCGGAGUGGCCAGACCCAAUUGUUCUGCAAACAUUUGAACAAAAACAAAUAUCUCACCAUCAGUUCAAUUGUUUGUUACUUGAACUUAAUUAUUUAUUUGUUUUUAAUUUUUUUUUUGGGGAGGGAUUACGAGGACAAUGCGAAAUAUACUUGAAAAAGUUUAAAACUUUUGAAAAAUA